GGCGCGGUGAAGUGCGCCCGCGACCGGGCCUUCGCCAUGCGCGAGGCCAACGUGCGGCGGCACCUCUGGUCAGCGUGGUGGGCCGAGAUGGGCGACCAGGAGGUCGAGGUCGUGAAGGUCAAGGCGCACCUCGGGGUGAACGCCAUGACGAGCCACCUGGAGAGCUGGCGGCGCGCUGGGAACGCCGAGGCGGACCGCCUGGCGCGCCGCGGAGCCCGGCUGUGGGGCGUCCCCGAGGAGGCGCGCCUCUUCGCCGCUGCGUGCAGGCGCCGAGCCAGGCAGCUGGCGCGAUGGCUGGGGGACCUCCACGCGCACCUGCAGGGAACGGAAGUCAGAGAUUCCGUGGGCCUGAGUGCAGGCGCAAUGGACGACCAGGAUGAGCACGAUGGUGGCCAGCACGACGCCGAGGGCGGCCCAGCGACCAGCAGACGGCCCCUACAAUGUCACGGAGUUGGUGCGCCCGAGGCCCUCCAGUUGCCUCCAGGCGCACCGGGCGAGCAAGCCACAGGAGCCGGUGACAACGGCCCGGAGGUGGACCACGUCCCUGCAGUGCCAUGGAAGCUGAGGGGCCACAGCAUUUUGGCCAGGCCUUGCGGCGACGAGGUCGCGGUGCUCUUCUGCAUGCAGUGCGGUGCCAACGCGCAGGCCGCCGGACUCGCAGAGGCGCGUCGGCGGCUGCGAGCCGGCCUACACCCGCACCCACGGAGGCAGAGACAGCGGCUCGGGCAGCCGAGGGCUCUCACAGACGCCGAGCGGACGAUCUGGCGACCAGUGCUGGCGCCCGGCGCAGGCGAGGAAGAGGAGCAGGAACUUGCAGUGAGACAAGGCUACCGGCUCAACUGGCGGCGUCUGCACAUCUACGACGUCGCGCGGCUGCACGGCUUCCACAGCCCAGCGGAGGCGGUGGCUUGGGAGCGCGCAGCGGCGCAGUACAGCGACGGCCCCGAGCCUCGGCGGCUGUGCGGAGCCGCCGCGGCGGCGCAGGUGGGCUAG